AUGCCCGACGCGGCAGCUCUUUGGUUCGACCCGAGAAAACCCACUCGACGACUUCUGUGUCGGUUGAACCCUGCAAUGUUCCGAGCUAUGAAGUGGCUGCCCUUCUUGGUCACCGUGCAGGCUGCAGAUUCUGCAGAGAGCACUUGUGACCAAGACUUCUCCAUGUCAUUCCUGCAGAAGCAGCACGUCUUGGAGCUCAGGACGGAGGCGACGGAGUGUGGACAUUUGAUCAAUGGUUCAGUGGGUGACGCUGCAAAAUUCUACAACAACAACUGCAAGUACCACAGCCAUGGUGACGAAUGCUCCCGAAGGAUUCCAGACGUUAUGGCGGAACAUCCAGGGAUGGAUGGAUUCUGCUACUUCAGUGAGGUUGCAUCGUAUAUCAGAUACUCGCCGCCAUCCAAUGAUCCAAGACACUUCAUCAACUCUGCUUUCAGAGGGGUCAUUGGCCUGCGAACCCCGACCUACAAAGGGCUCAACACUGGACCUGUGGUGACAUUUCACCAUGAUGGCAAGGCCUUCACCAGCCACAUGGAUUCAGAAAAUUAUGUCUACGAUGACCUCUAUGGCUAUUCCCUGGGAGUUCUGCAAGGGCAGGGACGAACAGUCGAACAACUGAAAGAUCCUGCGGUGUGGAACGAACUCGCCCGAGCCAAAUGUGAGGAAGUGCAAAAGAUCCAUCAAUUCACCAACGACGAGCUGGUGCUUGCCGAUAUCUUAGACAUGAAUUUGCCCAUCAUGGCGAUGUCGCACUGCUCAGCUGGAUGGGAGAUGCUUCCGGAGAUGCGUGCUAACCCCUAUAUUACAGGCAAGGCUGAAUAUCACAGCAUCACAGAUUGCAAGAAGAUCACCGAUCGUGAGUACGCGCGACAUCACUACAUGAAAUGUCUCCUGGGAAUCAACAACGCGGCAGCGGACGCAGCCUAUUUGUUUGCACGCGCCUGCUUAUUGGACGGUGGCAGCCGGAUUGGCCACUUCUCUGAGUGCCCCUUCGAUUUGGAGGUUGAAGGAGUCUUGUAAAUUUUGGUGAAACACCAGCAGAAUCCGUUACCAUUGCAUCAGAUAGAUGAAUAAAUAGUGGUGACUGGCGCUCUGCCACUAUGCCAGAUGUCUUACAAUUUAGUGCGGCAGUGGAAAGAUAUUCUAUCCCUGCCCUCGUCGAGUUGGCUGACUGUAAAUGCAACCAGCUCGCUGUG